UUAUUGAUUACUGUAAAGACGCUCUGUUUUUUUCUAACUCAACAGUAUUAAAAAAUUCGGUGCAUUAAAAAAUAAAUUAAAUAUUCAAAUACUAUUUCGCAAAAAUAGUCUAUUUAAUAUAAAAUUUUGAAUAUAGAAUAUGAUAGAAAAACAGCUUUACACAACAGUCAUAUCGGUAGAAUAGUGUUUACUUGACUAUUUUUGGAACUAUAAACAAUCAAAGUGAAUUCAUAAACAAUCGCCAAUUUCUUUUCCUUUUUUUGUUUAUUUUUGUGUAUAAAUUUAACUGUCAAGUAGUAAUAAUAUAUAUUAUCUAUACAUUAUAAAUACAAAAAAAAUGUAUAAAAUAUUGCUUCGGGUGAUAUAUAUUUUAAUAAACUUGACUAUCAUUAUACAUAUAAGUACAGCAUAUUGGUGGCAUUUAGGGACAUAUUCCAUACAAAAUAAUGGUCUAAUAGAUACAACAAAAUCCACGCAGUCAUUUAAGGAUAUUUGUCAAAAUUCAACAAAUCUUUCGUAUGAGCAAAUUGAAAUAUGCUUACGUAGUCAACGUAUUUUAUCGGCAUUAUCUCAAGCAGCCAAAAUUGGUAAAGAAGAAUGCCAGAUACAAUUUAGAAACAAUCGUUGGAAUUGCAGUACAUUCUAUAACACAAGUUCUAUUUAUGGAAAUGUCAUUAACAUAAAGAGUCGUGAAACAGCCUAUGUAUAUGCUAUUAAUGCAGCUGCAUUAGCUUGGUCAAUAACCCGAGCGUGUUCAAAGGGUGAGUUAACAGAAUGUUCAUGCGAUAACAACAUACGUCGUAAGCAACGUAAGUGGCAGUGGGGUGGAUGUUCUGAAGAUAUCAAUUAUGGAGUUAUUUUUUCUAAAAAAUUUACUGAUUCACAAGAAAGCCAUAAUUCGUCUGAAGGAUUAAUGAAUUUGCAUAAUAAUGAAGCAGGACGACGUGCACUGAAAGUUAAAAUGCAAAGAAUUUGUAAAUGUCAUGGCAUGUCAGGUUCGUGUUCUUUGCGUGUUUGUUGGAGACGUUUAUCCUCCAUGAGAGCUGUUGGUGAGGCGUUAGGAAAUUUGUAUGAUGGUGCAUCAUUGGUAAAAGUUGUUGAAAGAGAUGGAAAACCGUCAAAAUUGAGGCGACGUGAUCCACUAAUGAAAAAAUUGGUAAAGUCUGAUUUAGUAUUCUUAGAAGAAUCACCAGAUUAUUGUGAACCUAAUCCAAAAUUGAAUAUUCUUGGCACUAAGGGUAGAUUUUGUAACAGAACAUCCCCAGGCAUUGACGGUUGUCGUUUAUUAUGUUGUGGACGUGGUUACCAAACCCGCUUAAGACAAGUCCAGGAGAAGUGUAAAUGUAAAUUUGUUUGGUGUUGUUCUGUAAAAUGUGCUAUGUGCAAUUACAAAAGAGAAGAACAUAUUUGUAAUUAGAUUUUUUAAAGCAGAGUUUUUUUUGUGCCUGACAUGUUCAACAAUUUACAAAAUGUUGAAAUGAAUUUCGGUUUCUGUUUUGACAAUUUGAAAAAAAAAAAACACAUAAAAAUUAAAAUCUUAAGGAUGAUUUCUAUAUUCAUGAAUAUUGUAAGAUGAUGAGAACACAAUUUUUUUUGUAAUAGGUCCAACAAAGAGAACUUGCGCCUGGCUGUGAAAAAGUACUUUUUAACACUGGAGAGUUUUUUAAGCAAAGAAUUAAAAAAGAAAAAAAAAAUUAAAAAUUACUUAGAGUGAAGCAAUAAACGCAUUGAUGUAAAGCCAUAAUCAAAGUAUUGUAAUAAUGCUGUUAUAUUAAAAACUUUUGGUUUUUAAGACGAAAAUUUUUUAGAUAUAAGUUUUCUGUAAAUAUUUUUUAAUUGCCAAAUAAACUUUUAAACAAUCUUUAGCUUUGCUAACAAAUGGAUGUA